UCAAACUGCAUUUUGCUCUUCUGUUUCUUGGACUACGGUAUCUUCUUGAUUGAAUCAGGUUUUGUUCUGUAGUUUCUCUGCUUAGUUUACCUUCAUGUUUAGAACACCUGCAUUGCUGGAGUUUUUAGUAGUAUAUGGCCUCUUAGGCAUCCUUCAAAUGUUUUUUCCUCCUAUAGGGUAAGAUUCCUGAUCCGGGAGAGGGACAUAGCACUCGUCUUUGAUCCCUUUGCCAGAAUUUCAUUUCAUAAGACCAUUGAAACUGUGCUUCUUGUCUUAAAGCCUUACUUUCAUCAUGAAAACCCAAUUCUUUUGGGCUCAAUGAUAUGGACAUGGAAGUUAGUACCACAGGUGUGAGUACUGCAAAAAGGAUGAUACAUAGCUUUGCAGUUAUAUGUAUCUCUCUCCAUGUGAAUAUUCCAAUCUAUCUUCACCUCUGGAUGCUCCUUCCAUAAAAAUUAUGGUUACCAGAGACAUCAUGUUUUUCUUGAGAGCCAAUGUGAUUUAUCCCAUUGCUUGGAACAGUGGCCAUCUGCUUGGAGCUUAUCUUCAUCUUGUAGAGUUUUACAUUCUUAAUUUCCUGAAGCAACAUGGUCAGAAAUCUGUCCACCAGAUGCUUUGACCUUCAGUCCCCCGGGUUCCUUCAACAACUCGUGUUGUGCACUAAUUGUCUACUUCAUCUCUCCCUUCAGAUCCUGUGAUAUAAUCUAGGAACCCCUUACCUCAUUCCAUCUGUUGUUAGGAUACUUUGGAUUCUUCGGACUCAAGGGCAGAACCUGCUGGGGUAUCUCCUUCAGGUUUGGUUAUGAAUAUGACCCAGUCUCUCCAACUGAUGAUAUAUGGUGUUUUAUUGAUCAUACACCAUCUGCUCGAGAUACUGGAUCACAUUCCAUAACAUAUUUGUUUGCGUAAUAUCCCCACCUACUCCUUAUGCACUAACACAUAUGUGUACUGCCUGAAUGCCAAUGUAGCUUUAGAGGGUUCUGAAUGGCAUACUGCACAGAUAACCUCAUUUGUGUGAGAUCAGAGAGGAUUACUUGAAGAAUGACAGUUACAUCUAGGUAGCCGGUUUGUCAGUCUUGUAAAGUGCAUGGUAUAUGAAGAAUUUCUCAUAUGUAUGUAUUUUACCUUCUGUUGUAGUUUGAAUAGUAGUCUAUGGUUCUUUAGGACAUGAUACCAUUAUUACCUUGGCAGGAAAAAAGUGGGAUAUAACUGGAAUAAAUAAAAAUACAAUAUGAUAAUCCUUUGGAUGAUUAAUUUUAACCACACACAUCUUGCAUUAAGUCAUAAAGGAUGAGCGAUAAAUUCAUAUUUUAAAAAAAACUUGAUAAACUAAAGAAAAUGCUUGAUUUGGAGAAAAGAAAUGAUAAAAACCCUGCUGUAUUUUCUUGUGAAGAGCCAAGUUACAAAACAAUUCAUGGUACUUUAUUGACAGAAGUUGUUGGCCUCUACCAAACUGUUAGCAAUAUGAAAACUGACAACUCUUUUUGCAGUCUGAGCCAAAAAAUUUAAAAAGCUUCUCCCGUGAUGAGUGUCAGUCCAAACGCAGAUCACGCUUCAUGUUCUGCUGUUAGCCGCUCUGGGAAUAGUGUCAGCCAGCAUUGGAAACUCUUGAACCAGCUGGCAGGAAAGAGACUUCCAAAGAUGGAGAAAUGCAGACUUUGAAUUUAUUUGAAUUUUUCAGUACUAGUAGAUUGUAUCAGUUCAUGCUAUGAAUUCUGCCAAAAUACACUGCAAAGAAGUAUUUAUGAAAAGACAGAAAAUGAGCUGUAAAGCUCUCUGAACAUUCAUGGGUAAUGAAGCAUCCAAGCAAUGAUAGCAAAGAUUGAUCUGCAGCUGGAAAAUCGAGUAUAGUACAGUUCCUGGAAACUCAAGUAAAGUUAUUUGUGUACUACUAGGAGUUCAAGGGCAAAGUAAACAUGAUUAGCCAGAAAGCAGGGCAAACUGACAUGUUACAAGGAAAUGAUGAUAUCAGAAAUGCAGGUGGGGGUUGUGCAUCCUUUUAUGGUGCUGUCAUGUAUGCAAGAGAAUUUGUACACCCAGUGUAUGUUCAAUUGCCUGUGUUGCUGCAUUACACAGAAAGCAUGAGGGAGUGUACAUAAUUAAGUCAUUUACUUUUCAAUCUUUCUUGGUUCUUUAUAAGAUUUAUUUGUGUGUCUCUGCUAGAAAAGCAAAAUGAUGUCAGAUUUUGCACCAACCAAUACUGACUACCAUAGAUAUAAUAUUUUGGAAAGGAAGCCUGGAAAUAUGCUGCCCCAAACUAUUUACAAGGUUGUGGACAGAGUAUGGGACUGAGUUUGGAAAGGAGAUUAUGUAACCAGCUGACUCUGGGGGGACGACUAGCCCUAAUGUUCUUUUAAUGUGGCCUUGGAUUAAGAUUCAAGUAACUUAGUGUGUCUAGACAUUUGCACUAUCUAAGUACACAUAAUUACAUGCUAUGGAAUAAUUCUAUGCAGAAAAAAUAAUGUACUACUAGUAGUUUUUAAUACUAUUUAACACCCCAAGUAACUUUGUAGGAAUGUACUGUAUACUUUCCAUCAUCAAAGAAGGUUAAACUGAUGUGUGCCAGGAUUCUAUAAGACCAUGAAAACAAAGCCAGAAAUAAACCAUAUCAAAAGAAACAAUGUUUGGCAAGAAUUGUUAAACUACUUUGUGCCUUACAUUUUGUACUCAACAAUUAAUUCCAGUGUAGAGAAUAAAUGUGCUAGCAUCACAUGCAAAUAUCAAGCUUGGAGACAACUGAACACAUUGCAGCCCUAAUGGUUAAUCAAGGAAAAGUGUGUCAUUUAAUACAGAGGACAAUAAAAGAAGAGUGUGACAUUGUAUACAGAUGGAAUUGAAAUGGAAUUGAAAGCAAAUUUAUUGGUUAUAAGUGGAACAACCAAUAACCCUUGUCUCUACCAGGCCAGAGAGUAAAAUGUGGGAUUUUACAUGGGUGAGAGCCAUAGUGUGGUAUCCCUGUCCCCUAAGAAUGGGGCAUGGCCACAACUCCCAAGCUGGUCAUGUCCUUGAAUGCCUAACCCGCGAGUCCCUUAAAGGGACCACCAAACCAAGGAUGAUUGGUAUGGUAGUCCAUUCUACCCAAUGUGGACCUGGUCUCAUGCCAAAACCAUGGGACCAGAUGAGGAAGCUGCUCCAAUGCUGGAUCACCUUGGGUUGUUGAUCUAAUUCUUGCUAAGUGGACCAGAUUGAAAACUUUCCUUGCAGCACACAUGUAACUUGCUUAUUUCAUUGGUUUACUACAGUACAGUCCUCAUACUCAUGGGAGAGUACCCAUGGUUUCAUCUGCAUGCAUCCAACAAAAUAUACCCUCUCUUGGGGCUUUCUAAGUCCUCCAGGGCAAUCCCAUGGUAACUUCUGAAACUUCAUUUCAUUAGGUUUUGCUAUUAUCCAAGGUUUCCUAUUGCCACAGUAAGUUCAGGAACAUAUUCCCUCUGGAUAUGGUGGUUGUACUAUAUUCCAUUCUAUUCCAGAAGCCUGGAAAAAAGCACAGUCCUCUGGGAAGAGGAUGGUCUGGUGUGCUGCAGCCAUUCCAGACUCUGCCAGAUCUUGUUUCCUCUCUGCGGGCUACAGAUGGGGAUCUCCAGGUUCUUUCCGAAAUGAUGGCUUAAAAGCUGCAGAUGUCCUUCCCAUACUAAAGGAAAAAGUUGCCUUUGUCUCAGGUGGCCGUGAUAAACGAGGCGGUCCCAUCUUGACAUUUCCAGCACGCAGCAAUCAUGACAGAAUAAGGCAGGAAGACCUUCGGAAACUUGUGACUUACUUGGCUAGCGUACCGAGUGAAGAUGUCUGCAAACGAGGGUUCACUGUCAUCAUUGAUAUGAGGGGGUCUAAAUGGGACCUGAUCAAGCCUCUCUUGAAAACUCUUCAGGAAGCUUUCCCUGCAGAAAUCCAUGUUGCCCUGAUAAUCAAGCCUGAUAACUUCUGGCAGAAGCAGAAGACAAAUUUUGGAAGUUCAAAAUUUAUCUUCGAGACAAGCAUGGUCUCUGUGGAAGGCCUAGCAAAAUUGGUGGAUCCCUCUCAACUAACCGAAGAGUUUGAAGGAACUUUGGAUUACAAUCAUGAUGAAUGGAUAGAGCUGAGAGUCUCCUUGGAAGAGUUUUUUAACAGUGCCAUCCAUUUGUUAUCCAGAUUAGAGGACCUUCAGGAAAUGUUGGCUAGGAAAGAGUUUCCAGUGGAUGUGGAGGGCUCAAGAAGACUGAUAGAUGAACACACACAGCUCAAGAAGAAAGUAAUUAAAGCUCCAGUAGAAGAAUUGGACCGUGAAGGUCAGAGGUUGUUACAGUGCAUAAGGUGCAGUGAUGGUUUUUCUGGUAGGAACUGCAUUCCUGGCAGUGCAGAUUUCCAAAGUCUUGUGCCAAAGAUCACCAGCCUUUUGGACAAGCUGCAUUCAACACGGCAACACUUGCAUCAGAUGUGGCACGUCCGGAAAUUGAAACUGGACCAAUGCUUUCAACUUCGCCUUUUCGAGCAGGAUGCAGAAAAGAUGUUUGACUGGAUCAGCCACAACAAAGAGUUGUUUCUGCAGAGUCACACUGAAAUUGGGGUGAGCUACCAACAUGCCCUAGAUUUACAGACGCAGCAUAACCACUUUGCUAUGAAUUCCAUGAAUGCCUACGUGAAUAUAAAUCGCAUCAUGUCGGUUGCAUCCAGGCUUUCAGAGGCUGGCCAUUAUGCUUCUCAGCAAAUUAAGCAGAUAUCUACACAGUUAGAUCAAGAGUGGAAAAGCUUUGCUGCAGCACUGGAUGAGCGCAGCACCAUCCUAGCCAUGUCUGCUGUGUUUCACCAGAAGGCUGAACAGUUCCUCUCUGGUGUGGAUGCCUGGUGUAAAAUGUGCAGUGAAGGAGGCCUCCCAUCAGAAAUGCAAGACCUGGAACUGGCCAUCCAUCAUCAUCAGUCCCUUUAUGAACAGGUCACUCAGGCUUACACAGAGGUGAGUCAAGAUGGAAAGGCUUUGCUGGAUGUCCUACAACGUCCCUUGAGUCCUGGGAACUCAGAAUCUCUCACUGCCACAGCUAAUUAUUCCAAGGCUGUUCACCAGGUUUUGGAUGUGGUCCAUGAGGUUUUACAUCACCAACGGCGCCUAGAGAGCAUUUGGCAGCACAGGAAGGUCCGAUUACAUCAGAGGCUUCAACUUUGUGUUUUCCAGCAAGAUGUUCAACAGGUGCUGGACUGGAUUGAAAACCAUGGGGAGGCCUUUCUUAGUAAACACACUGGGGUUGGAAAAUCCCUUCAUAGGGCAAGGGCUCUUCAGAAAAGACAUGAUGAUUUUGAAGAAGUCGCACAGAAUACCUAUACUAAUGCCGACAAGCUAUUGGAAGCUGCAGAGCAAUUGGCUCAGACUGGAGAGUGUGACCCUGAAGAGAUCUACAAAGCAGCGCGGCAUCUAGAAGUAAGGAUUCAGGAUUUUGUCAGAAGAGUAGAACAGAGGAAGCUUCUUUUGGACAUGUCAGUCUCCUUCCACACUCAUACUAAAGAGCUGUGGACAUGGAUGGAAGACCUGCAGAAGGAGCUCUUGGAAGAUGUCUGUGCUGACUCCGUGGAUGCUGUUCAAGAGCUUAUUAAGCAGUUCCAGCAGCAGCAAACCGCGACCCUCGAUGCCACCCUUAAUGUAAUCAAAGAAGGUGAAGACCUCAUCCAGCAGCUCAGGGAUUCAGCCGUCUCCAACAAUAAAACACCGCACAAUAGCUCCAUCAGCCAUAUUGAAUCGGUCCUCCAGCAGCUUGAUGAAGCCCAGGUACAGAUGGAAGAACUCUUCCAUGAAAGGAAAAUUAAGCUAGACAUUUUCCUUCAGCUCCGGAUUUUUGAACAGUACACCAUUGAGGUGACAGCUGAAUUAGAUGCCUGGAAUGAGGACUUGCUAAGACAAAUGAAUGAUUUCAAUACUGAGGACUUGACUCUGGCAGAGCAACGUCUACAGCGACACACAGAGAGGAAGUUGGCUAUGAACAACAUGACCUUUGAGGUCAUCCAGCAAGGGCAAGAUUUGCAUCAAUACAUCAUGGAAGUCCAAGCUUCAGGCAUUGAACUAAUCUGUGAAAAGGACAUUGAUCUAGCAACACAAGUGCAAGAGCUACUGGAAUUCCUUCAUGAGAAGCAGCAUGAGCUGGAGCUCAAUGCUGAUCAGACACACAAACGAUUGGAGCAGUGCCUUCAGCUCCGGCAUCUGCAGGCAGAGGUCAAGCAGGUCCUUGGCUGGAUUAGGAAUGGAGAAUCAAUGCUCAAUGCCAGCCUUGUCAAUGCAAGCUCCUUGUCAGAAGCUGAACAGCUCCAGAGAGAGCAUGAGCAAUUCCAGCUGGCCAUAGAGUCCCUCUUUCAUGCCACUUCCUUGCAGAAGACACACCAAAGUGCCCUCCAGGUACAGCAGAAGGCAGAGGUGUUGCUGCAGGCCGGGCACUACGAUGGUGAUGCCAUCAGGGAAUGUGCAGAGAAGGUGGCAUUGCACUGGCAGCAACUCAUGCUCAAGAUGGAAGACAGGCUGAAGCUGGUCAAUGCCUCCGUUGCCUUUUACAAAACUUCAGAGCAGGUCUGCAGUGUGCUGGAAAGCUUGGAACAGGAGUAUCGAAGGGAUGAAGACUGGUGUGGAGGCCGGGAUAAGCUUGGACCAGCAUCUGAAAUAGAUCAUGUUAUCCCCUUAAUCAGCAAACAUCUGGAACAAAAGGAAGCCUUUCUCAAGGCCUGCACACUGGCACGAAGGAAUGCAGAAGUGUUUCUCAAGUACAUUCACCGAAACAACGUCAGCAUGCCUGGGGUAGUGAGCCAUACGAGGGGACCUGAGCAGCAAGUAAAAGCCAUUUUGAGUGAACUUCUGCAGAGAGAAAACCGUGUUCUUCAUUUUUGGACCUUGAAGAAACGGCGAUUGGAUCAGUGCCAGCAGUAUGUGGUCUUUGAACGCAGUGCCAAACAGGCUUUAGACUGGAUUCAGGAAACAGGGGAGUAUUAUCUUUCUACUCACGACUCCACAGGAGAAUCUGCAGAAGAAACACAGGAACUUUUGAAAGAAUAUGGAGAAUUCAGAGUACCUGCCAAGCAAACCAAGGAGAAAGUGAAGCUUCUCAUUCAGCUGGCUGAUAGUUUUGUAGAGAAAGGACAUACUCAUGCUACUGAAAUCAGGAAAUGGGUUACCACCGUUGACAAAUGCUAUCGAGACUUUUCAGCGAGGAUGGGGAAAUACCGCUACUCUUUGGAGAAAGCUCUUGGAAUCAAUACAGAGGAUAACAAGGAUCUAGAAUUAGACAUCAUUCCAGCAAGUCUGUCAGAUCGUGAGGUGAAGCUACGGGAUGCCAAUCAUGAAGCUAAUGAAGAGAAAAGGAAGUCAGCCAGAAAGAAAGAAUUCAUCAUGGCUGAAUUGCUUCAAACAGAGAAGGCCUAUGUCAGAGAUUUGCACGAAUGUUUAGAGACCUAUCUUUGGGAAAUGACAAGUGGAGUCGAGGAGAUACCACCAGGGAUUCUGAACAAAGAGCACAUAAUAUUUGGCAACAUCCAGGAAAUCUACGAUUUUCAUAAUAACAUUUUUCUGAAAGAACUAGAAAAAUAUGAACAGCUCCCUGAAGACGUGGGUCAUUGCUUUGUCACCUGGGCGGAUAAAUUUCAGAUGUAUGUUACCUACUGCAAAAACAAGCCUGACUCCAGCCAACUGAUCCUAGAGCAUGCGGGAACGUUCUUUGAUGAAAUUCAACAAAGGCACGGUCUGGCAAACUCUAUUUCCUCAUAUUUAAUCAAACCUGUCCAGAGGAUUACCAAGUAUCAACUUUUAUUGAAGGAGCUUUUAACAUGCUGUGAAGAAGGGAAGGGAGAACUCAAGGAUGGUUUGGAAGUAAUGCUCAGUGUCCCCAAGAAAGCCAAUGAUGCCAUGCAUGUCAGCAUGCUGGAAGGAUUUGAUGAAAACUUAGAUGUUCAAGGAGAGCUGAUUCUUCAGGAUUCAUUCCAAGUAUGGGAUCCCAAGUCCCUCAUUCGAAAGGGCCGUGAAAGGCACUUGUUUCUCUUUGAAAUCUCUCUGGUUUUCAGCAAAGAGAUCAAAGAUUCGGCAGGACACACUAAAUAUGUUUACAAGAACAGACUGCUGACCUCAGAACUGGGAGUAACUGAACACGUGGAAGGAGAUCCUUGUAAAUUUGCCUUAUGGUCGGGGCGAACUCCCUCUUCAGAUAACAAAACAGUGCUGAAAGCAUCCAGUAUUGAAACAAAACAAGAAUGGAUAAAAAAUAUUCGAGAAGUGAUACAGGAAAGGAUUAUACACUUAAAAGGAGCUUUGAAAGAGCCAAUACAGCUCCCCAAAACCCCAGUGAAGCAAAGAAACAACAGUAAGAGAGAGGGAGGAGAGGAUGCUGACAGCCAAGGAGAUGGAAGCAGCCAGCCUGAUACAAUUUCGAUUGCAUCCAGAACUUCUCAGAAUACAGUGGACAGUGACAAGUUGUCUGGAGGAUGCGAACUAACUGUGGUACUACAAGACUUUCUUGCCAGCCACAGCAGUGAGCUGAGUAUACAAGUGGGACAAACUGUGGAGUUACUAGAAAGGCCAAGUGAAAGGCCAGGCUGGUGUUUGGUACGGACAACAGAGCGAAGUCCACCUCUGGAAGGCCUGGUCCCCAGCAGUGCCCUUUGCAUUUCCCAUUCCCGAAGCAGCGUGGAGAUGGAUUGCUUCUUCCCUUCGGGAAAAGACUCCUAUUCAGGCUCCUCCAAUGAAAACGGUGGGAAAUCAGAUUCAGUGGCCAAUUUGCAGCCUCAGUCAUCCCUCAAUUCCAUCCAGAGUUCCCCAGGUCCAAAGCGCUCAACCAACACACUGAAAAAGUGGCUAACAAGCCCUGUUCGCCGAUUGAACAGUGGGAAGGCAGAGAGUAACAUCAAAAAACAGAAGAAAGUACGUGAAGGAAGGAAGAGCUUUGACCUGGGAUCUCCCAAGCCGGGAGAUGAAACCACACCUCAGGGAGACAGUGCAGAUGAGAAGAGCAAGAGAGGUUGGGGUGAAGAUGAACCAGACGAAGAAUCUCAUACACCACUCCCUCCACCAAUGAAGAUUUUUGAUAAUGACCCUACUCAAGAUGAAAUGUCCUCCUCUUUGCUAGCUUCUCGACAAAGCACCUCUGAUGUCCCAACUGCUGCGGAUCUUGUCAGUGCAAUAGAAAAACUGGUCAAAAGCAAGCUGACUUUAGAAGGAGGCUCCUACCGAGGAAGCUUGAAAGACGCCACUGGAUGCUUGAAUGAAAAUGUGACACCUUCAACUCCUCCUUCAAGAAACCUUGAAGAGGAACAAAAAGCCAAAGCUAUGAGAGGCAGGAUGUUUGUUCUAAAUGAACUAGUACAGACAGAGAAAGAUUACGUCAAAGACUUAGGAAUUGUGGUGGAGGGGUUCAUGAAAAGAAUAGAAGAAAAAGGUGUUCCUGAUGACAUGAAAGGAAAGGACAAGAUUGUAUUUGGAAACAUUCACCAGAUAUAUGACUGGCACAAAGACUUUUUUCUGGCUGAACUGGAAAAGUGCCUUCAGGAACAUGAUCGUUUAGCACAGCUCUUCAUCAAACACGAAAGGCGAUUACACAUGUAUGUGGUGUACUGUCAAAACAAACCAAAAUCUGAAUAUAUAGUAGCAGAAUGUGGAGUGUAUUUUGAGGAGAUACAGCAAGAAAUAAACCAGCGGCUAACUCUUAGUGACUUCUUAAUAAAACCCAUUCAAAGAAUAACCAAGUACCAGCUGCUACUCAAGGACUUUCUAAAAUACAGUGAAAAGGCUGGAUUGGAGUGUUCAGAAAUAGAGAAAGCUGUUGACUUGAUGUGCCUUGUUCCUAAACGCUGCAAUGACAUGAUGAACCUGGGCCGUCUUCAGGGCUUUGAGGGCAAACUGGCAGCCCAAGGGAAGUUAUUGCAGCAGGAUACUUUCUAUGUAACAGAACAGGAUUCUGGAGGGCUAUCUCGACCAAAAGAGCGCAGAGUUUUCCUCUUCGAGCAAAUAGUCAUCUUUAGUGAACUGCUUAGGAAAGGCUCUCUUACUCCUGGGUACCUAUUUAAACGAAGCAUAAAGAUGACAUACCUAAUCCUUGAAGAAAAUGUGGACAAUGAUCCUUGUAAAUUUGCUCUCAUGAGUCGAGAAACAUCAGAAAGGCUCGUCUUGCAGGCAGCCAAUCCUGAAAUCCAGCAAGCUUGGGUGCAGGACAUCAAUCAAGUGUUGGACACACAGAGAGACUUCUUAAAUGCACUACAGUCUCCUAUAGAGUAUCAACGCAAAGAAAGCAGUUCAGCUGUCAUGAGACCACAGGCCAGCAGGGUACCCCAGCCCAUCACCAGACCCUAUUCCUCAGGUCCUGUUGGGUCUGAUAAACCUUUGAAGGCAACCAUGCGUAACCCAUCUCUUCCACCUCUGAAGAUAUCUACCUCCAAUGGCAGCACCGGACAUGAACAGCAUCAGAUUGGGGAAAAAUAUGAACAAAGCAAGAAUGACUUGGGUGGUUGCAAUGGAACCUCUUCUAUGGUGGUCAUCAAAGAUUACUAUGCACUGAAAGAGAAUGAAAUCUGUGUCAACCAGGGUGAGGUGGUCCAAGUACUUGCCAUUAACCAGCAGAACAUGUUCCUUGUGUACCAGCCUGCCAAUGACCAUUCACCAGCAGCAGAAGGAUGGAUCCCAGGGAAUAUCUUGGCUCCCCUCACUAAAUCAGCUACAGAUAAUAGCGACGGAAGCAUAAAGAAGUCAUGUUCAUGGCAUACUCUGCGCAUGAGAAAGCGGGCGGAAAAGGAAAACAGUGGCAAAACUGAAGCCAAUGGCCUACGUAAACCCAAGGAUAUUCUGGGCAACAAAGUCUCUGUGAAAGAGACAAACAGUUCAGAGGAGUCUGAAUGUGAUGACCUUGACCCCAACACUAGCAUGGAGAUCAUCAACCCAAACUUCAUCCAGGAAGUUGCUCCAGAGUUUCUCAUGCCCUUAGUGGAUAUCGCUUGCUUGCUUGGAGACACAGUCAUGCUUCAGUGCAAAGUCUGUGGAAGACCAAAACCAACCAUAACCUGGAAAGGACCUGAUCAAAACCUUCUGGACAACGACAACAGUACAGCUGCCUAUACAGUUACUUCGUGUGAUUCAGGUGAAAUAACUCUGAAGAUCUGUAACCUGAUGCCUCAAGACAGUGGUAUUUACACCUGUGUGGCGACAAAUGAGCUGGGAUCAGCAUCCACCUCAGCUACAAUCAAAGUGCAAGGUGUCCCUGCAGCCCCAAAUCGGCCUAUUGCUCAGGAAAGGAGCUGCACUUCCGUCAUUCUUCGUUGGCUGCCUCCAUCCAGUACAGGGAACUGCACUAUUUCAGGUUACACAGUGGAGUACAGAGAAGAAGGGUCACAGGUCUGGCAGCAGUCGGUUGCCUCCACUUUGGACACCUACCUCGUCAUUGAAGACCUCACACCUGGCUGUUCCUAUCAGUUUCGAGUCAGUGCCAGCAACCCCUGGGGAAUUAGCUUACCCAGUGAGGCUUCUGAGUUUGCAAAACUUCCAGAAUAUGAUGCUGCAGCUGAUGGAGCCACCAUUACCUGGAAAGAGAACUUUGAUUUUGCCUAUACAGAACUGAAUGAGAUUGGAAGGGGCCGAUUUGCUGUUGUCAAGAAAUGUGUCCACAAAGCCACUAGGAAGGAUGUUGCGGUGAAGUUCAUCAAUAAAAAAAUGAAGAAGAAGGAACAGGCAGCCCACGAGGCAGCCAUGCUGCAACAUUUACAACAUCCUCAGUAUAUCACUAUUCAUGACACUUAUGAAUCACCUUCUUCCUAUAUCUUAGUUUUAGAACUAAUGGAUGAUGGCCGUCUUCUGGACUACCUUAUGAAUCAUGAUGAACUGAUGGAAGACAAAGUAGCCUUUUACAUAAGAGACACAAUGGAAGCCUUACAGUACCUUCACAAUUGCAGAGUUGCUCAUUUGGAUAUAAAGCCAGAAAAUCUGCUCAUUGACUUGCGGAUCCCAGUGCCUCGAGUUAAGUUAAUAGACCUCGAAGAUGCUGUCCAAAUCACAGGGCACUACCACAUUCACCAUCUCCUUGGAAACCCCGAGUUUGCUGCUCCCGAGGUUCUCCAAGGUGCUCCAGUUUCACUCGGCACGGACAUCUGGAGUCUGGGCGUGCUCACCUAUGUCAUGCUGAGUGGGGUCUCUCCCUUUCUGGAUGAAAGCAGGGAGGAGACGUGCAUCAACGUAUGCCGGGUGGAUUUCAGCUUCCCCAAUGAGUAUUUCUGCGACGUGAGCCAUGCUGCCAGAGAUUUCAUCACUGUCAUCCUUCAGGAAGACUUCAGGAGGAGGCCAACAGCUGCCACUUGCUUGCAGCAUCCUUGGUUGCAGUUUCACAAUGGCAGCUAUUCCAAAAUCCCUCUGGAUACCUCACGCCUGGCCAGUUUCAUUGAACGCCGCAAACACCAGUUUGAUGUGCGCCCGAUUCCCAAUGUUAAGAGCUUCAUAAUGAGCAGGAUGAACUCAGGAACAUAAUGCAAUAGAAGAACUCUGACUUGGCACUGAGGAGCUAUAGGGCGUGAAGAGAGAGAAAGCAGACUCUCUCUCUCUCUUUUACUGUAUGUAUAAAGUAUUAUAUUUGAUGUGAUGUCUGAAAGAGUAUAUGAACUGUUCCAGCGGCUUCAUGAUCUAGCUAGGUAGAAUUAGAUGCUUUCAGAUGUUGCUCAUGCAACUUGGUGGGUGGCUUUCUUGUGUAAUGAUGUGGCUAUUUUACAUUCCGAUGAAUGUUUAAAAGGAUGUCAGUGGAGAAUGGGAACCAAAAUACAGUUGCCUUAGUUUUGAAAGGCAGCUUUCUAAAAGACCCAGACAGUCUUACCAAUUCCAUUACUAUUGAAAUUAUGUAUUAGAAAGAUGUUAGAAAACAAGUCUGACUCUCUGCAGUCAGAAUUUUGUGAAAAACAAACUUUACCAACAGAUUUCAGAUCUUAUACAAAUUGUUCAAACUAUUCUUCAGAUCUAUCCUUCAUGAUAAACUUCACUCAUCUUAAAUAAGAAUUGUGUCAUGAUAACUGUUUUAUGGCACCCAGCCUUCAUGAUGCAAGCUUUGCCAAUGGUACAACGGAUAAAUUUUGUUGAUAGAGACCAUAGUAGACCUUUGCCAAUACACCCUUUCUGGAUUUUACAGCAUUCUCUUGUUAAAAAAAUAUUAUGAAAUGCUACUGCAAAGGUGAUAAAUUCAAUGAAACAUCAUAUAUAGACAAAGCACAAUGAGAAAAUUUUUAAAAUAAUUUUUAUAACUCUUGUACAGAAAACCUUUUGCAAAAACUGUGCAUUGAGAAAAGGCUAUGUUAAAAUAAUUGCUGGUAUCUGUAAAGUAGAUGUGAAAGACUUUUUCUAAUGCAGGAUGUUUCUUGAAUUCUCAUAUAGUCUAUAACAAGAGAAGGAACUCAUUCCUUUUCUGGUUUUAAAAGUUGUGAAAUCAAUCCAAAAUUGGCCAAAGUAUGGUAAGUAUAGUGGAUCCAUUUUUAUGUUUGUGGCUGCAUAACUGGUAUCUUACUAUACGUGUACAUAAUGUCCAUCUUUUUAGCCUCAUCAUCCCAGCAUCUAUCCUGGCAUUUUCAUUCAGUCCCCUGUUUGAUAUGACAUUACAGAAAAUAAUGGAUACUAUUAGAAGUCAUCACAGUUGCACUGUUUCUAAACUAAAUGGUUUUGGAAAUUAUAGUAAUCUUGUGUUAUUGUUGUAGAAACUACCCCAAUUUUUAAGGGGAUUUGGCAUCAAGAUAUAUUAAUUCUUUAGAAGUUAAAUUAGCCAACACUUUAUGUCUGCCUUUUUUUCUUUCCUCUUGGGCAACAGAUGCCCUAUAAACGAUACGGUGUGAUAGAGCAAGUCACAAGCAAUGGCAGUGUGGAGAAAGUUUUCCUACCAUGACUGGUAUGUUGGGAUUGUUCCUGUGGGGUGCAAGAUUUUUAUGUGGCUGUACUAAACCAAGAAAUUCAGUUAAAGCAACAACGUUGGACUGAAAUCAGAUGACCAUUGCUCUAGUGGUACAUGACCAAAUAUCAUCACAUUACAGGCCACUGGUCUGCAUUACUCUGCCAUAUUAUAAAGAAAAUCUUACACUUCCGUACCUUCCAAAUAUGGAAGAGGCAGGGGAGGGAUAAGUGUUUUGCAUAAACUUGGCAGAACAAUAAACUAUUACUGGUUUGCCAGUUGGUUAUAUGUGACACUUUGGUAAAAUACUGCUUGGUAAUUAAUAGUCUGCAUCCAAGCCAGUGGUGUUGAGACAAGGGCUCUUAUCCUGAUGCUGAAAUGCAGGGCAGAGUUUGGAGAUUAGGACUUCCAGAGCAUUCCCCCUGACAGCUUGGCCACUAACUGUGAUGACUGGAGGGUUCUGUGAGUAACACUAAACAUUCAAAGUUAGGAAGAUACCGUAGCAUUGUUUCUACUAUACCACUUGUCUGACAAGCAAGAAGGAAAGUGAAGACAACUUUCAAAUCUGAUUACAUGCUGCUCUUCAUCACUUAAAUUAUAGGGCUAUUCUAUUUCUCUCUCCUUGCUUGCUUAUGCAGGGAUACCUUCUUGAGCGUAUCUCAGCACCUACAACCUGUCCUACUUUUGGGGGGGGGGGGGUGCGCUCUGUGACACAGAACGAUAAAUGAGGAAGCCAAGGUGCACGGGAAAUGUAUCUUAUAAAGUUUAAAGAACCAUAGUAAACUGAACAAAUUAAGAUUUUAUGGCUAAUAAAUGAAGCCAAAUGAACAAAAUAUAAAUGAUUCAGUUCAUUUGCCAUAGCCUAUUGUUCAAGCUUCUGUAUUUGAUAUCCUGAUUUGUAGGCAAGACUAAAUCAGCUUUUCAGUUUGGAUUUCAUGAAAAUAUGUGCUUUAAGAAACCAGGGAAUCUUCAUGGGAAAAGGUGAUGACUCAUCGACAAUUAGAUUGUUCUUGAUUUCUUAGACUAGGAUUGUUACACCAAACUCAGUCUUUUCAGGGGCAGUGUUCUCUAUUUUUUGUGGCAAAGCUAACAUUUUAUGGUAUUUCUUGGAGGCUUCCUCUUUAUUUUCUGACUGGCUGCCUCUCUCCUAAGGCUAAUGACAUUUUAAAUUAGGGUAUAUCUGUCAUGAUUGAGUAUGCAUUUCUGCUUUCAAAGGGCUUUAAAAAAAUAAAAUCAUUUUUACAACUUGAUUUAUAUAGUAAAUUAGCCUUUUACAACUAUGGGAGCAGCAAGUGUAUUAAAUGCAUUGCUUUUCUCUCCAAGACAACAAAUAAUAAUGCAAUGAGGGAGAGAGAUAGGAAAGAGCAUUGAUUUGAGAUUCAAUGAAUAGCAAAUAUGGAUUUAAAAAGUAUCGUGCCUUUCCACAAGGAAAAGAAAAUGAAGUUCUUUGCCCAAUCAUUUUUAUCCCUUGCUUUUCAUAGAAAAAUUAGCAGUCAUUUGCAGACAUUGCUUUAUAACCAAGUACUGCUAUAUACAGAAUUGCUCUCAGAAGAAUCUCAAUGCCAUUUCAUUUAUAACUUUAUUUUCUUACCAUUUAGUUGUAGAGAAUGGGCUGAUUUAUCACCCGUUCUGAUCUUUUAUCACCCAACAGACAAUGGUGCUUUCCUAAGAGUAUCUCCUUCCCCUUUCCCCAGAUAGACUGGUUAUACAACUGCCAUCAAACAUCAAAUAGCUGUUCAGGAAUUGUUAUUCUUGUGACUGUUGUAUUUCACAGGCUCACACUCUAAAAUAAUCUUUGGUUCUACUUGAGCCAUAUCUUACCUUCAUUCCCUGCUUUUCAAUACGCUUUCCGUUCGUUCUGCUUUCCCUGACAUGUCACUCUGCAGUGUUGAUCUUGCACUGCAAAUAAAAUCUGACAUGCAAAGGGAACAGCAGGCAAUUAUAUCGUAGGUUGCAGUGCUACGCAUGGGAGUAAGUCCCACUGGGCUUGAAGUAUCUUAGGUAGAACUGCACCAUUUGCCAUCCCUGUCCAAGUGAAACUCAUCAAACUUAUGCUUUCUUCUGCAUUGACAUAUUGAGGAUUAAAAUCUUUUCAGCUAUCAUUGUGGAUAGUGGUGAUGGGGACUGCAUUGUUAGGAUGGAGAAUCUGGGCUCUCCUUUCCUGGAGACAUUGAAACAGGAGCCAUCUGUCAGGAUCCCAGGCCUCCACAUUCCCUUCCAACCCUAAAAUUCAAAGAGCUUAUACUUUUCCAAGGUGCAAACUAAUUCCACAGCCUUAAUAUUUUCAGUCUUUUGCUAGUCUGCCUUAAGUGUUAUUUUAUUAUUUUACUGAUUUUGUUUUGUACGUACAUGUGUUUUCUACAGACAUUUUGUAAAUAUUUUACUUAUGAUUCAUUUGUGAUGUUGUAAAGUGAUUAUCGGCUCUCACAUGUUAUUUUUCAGCAAUAUAUGUUAUGUACAGAUGAUAAAAUUUACAUUUUAGGUGACUGCCUUCUGUACAAAUACAAUAUACAAAAGAAUGA